CCCUUCACUCUCCAUCGCCGUCGCCCACCGCAUUCACUCCCUCCCUUAUCUCGCCCCCUCUCUUCGCUGCCUUCCUCCCCUUCUCUUCUCUUCCGAGCGCGACGGUCGUUUUCGGUGUUCAAUUUUGCCUUGACACUGCAUUGACUUGACACUGCAUUGAAUUUGCAGCGAUUGCCGCGACAGAUUGUGGAGUUAUCAUGAAAGGCUUGACGAUGCGUCGGGUCUUGAAGAGGUUGGACAGCAUUCGGUCGUGCAAAUGUCCUGUCAACGGUGAUAGUGAUAAGGAGGAGUGUCCUCUCACCGCCCCUCCGUCCGCUCCGCUUCUUGCAAAACGGUCGCGCCAACAGUCUAGUAGCAGCGAGGAUUCUGCUCGUCCCUCCACUGUAUUGAUUGCGAAGCGGACGCGUCAAAAACUUAGCGUCGAUUGUACUAUCCCGCGUGAUGAUACUAACAGCGCUCUCUCCUCCCUCCCACGUAACACCCUCGGGUGCGUAGGAAUUCGCAAGAGGCGAAAGGGCCUGGUAACUCUACUGGUUGGAAAGGAGCGGCAAGUCUUCAAGGUAGAGCCGCAGAUGCUAGAGCACCGACUAUUAGAGUGUCUACUGGCUCGCUCUAACUGCGGCGCCGAUACUCCUCACUCAGACUCGAACUAUGAAGCGUUGCGAGAUGAUCAGGAGAAUGUUAAGGAGAAUGUUCCCAUUAGUCAAAGCUUCUCGGGAAAGGAGAAUGCUAGGGAGAAUGCGCACAGGAAGGUGUGUCCAACCAGGAGUGGACCCAUACGCCUGGACUGUGACGCUAUUCUUUUCGAACACAUUUUGUGGUUGCUUAAUAACGAUGACCCAGCUAUCCGUCAACUAAACAUUGACGAGCUAAUGGAGUUCUACGAGUGAAUCAUCUCGCCAUGACCCCAUCGUGAACAGGUAUCGUACUCUGCCUGAGGGGGCUUUGAAAUCAAUCGUCUAUGAUGGUCAGCAGCUCAUUAACACUCUCAAUUACUUCACAUGCCCCUGAAGCUUGAAGGGUAGACUGUGAUCUCGUCCACUCUGAAAAGGCGAGAUAUCAUUCCAUACUGUGUAUAUGCAAGUAUCCGAUUUCGACAACCUGGUUCUCUUCGCUCACAGAGAAACACGGUAUACCAUGUUUGGCAUAUUGUGGGAUAUCCGUGGUGCAAUCUUUGACCAGAUUAAGAUACAGAAGCACAUCAUGUUAGGAAGAAGAUUGCCGCUAGCAAUCAUCUUGGGUUCACCACUGAGAGGCGGGGGGGCAGGCAUUCUAGCUGCCAUCCCCUGCAAAUGGUGAAAUAUAUCCCUGGCGAAGCUUAUGAGGUCUACAGACGAGGCUCUGCGGGACUGCUUCGUAGACGACAGGGUAAAUAUUUUUGUAGAUUUAGGUUGCCAGUGGUCGAUUACUUCACAGACUAGAAACUCCCUUGCGUGUUUGAGAGAAUCCAGUCGCGAAUUGAAUUCUAGGAUUGCUUUUCUGGGACGUCUCAUACGAUGAGAGCUUGAGUAGAGAUAGACUGGAGCCAAGCACAUGUACAUUAUUAAGCGGAGAUAAUGCUUUUAUUAUGGAACUUCUUGCUUGCACCUUGAAA